UAUAUUAAUAGAAGAUGGAAGAAAGUAUCAAUCCACGAGAAAUUCAAGGGGAAUAAUAAAUGACCCUGCGAGCAACUGUUUCCCUCGACAGAAAUACUUUGCGUACAUUUCUCUAGAUACCGUGAGCAGAGGUAAUGGCAGAAACGUGAAAUAGAUAAAAACGAGAAUAUGGACUUUCGAAAUGUGAAUUCUUUAAAUAUCCGAUUGAACAUGCUGUCGGGCAAUCUGUUACCAAUGACCGAUCGCGGUUCGUCGUUUUCGUUACUCUGGAAAUUGUACGGCGUUCUUGUGUGGCUCAUCGAACUGAUCCUGGCGAUCUGUUUAACUCUUGGAUCCAUUUACGUGUCAACGCAAAAGUUGCUGGAAGACAGUUUGAUUUGCUUCGCGGUCGGCGGAGAGGUGAUAUUUACGCUCUUACGACUUUACUCUUGUCAGGAUCUGGUGUGUCAGUUGAUUCGACAGAUGAAUGAUAUUCUAUGCACUGCCGAUGAAAGUAUGAAGAACAUCGUGAGGGAGACCUUGGAGCCGGUGAAGGUUCCUCUCAUGUUCUACAUCGUUGCUAGCUUAGGAGCGAUAAUAGGUUGGUGGGGUUUGCCAUUCAUAGCGAUAUUGAAUAAGAAUGUCUACUGUUACGAGGAUUACAGAGUACCUGUCGCCUUCUCCAAGCAACCAUUUUCGUUCGGAACCUUUGUUCUGGGCGACCUGUUCGUAUUAAUCUCCACUACGUAUAUGUUUCUAAAAAAAGUCGGUGCGGACGUGUAUAUGAUACAUCUAGUACUGAUGAUGACGGCACAGUAUCGAUAUAUUGCGGUGAAAAUGGCGAUGAUAUUUCAUGAAGAAGAGGAACACAGUGACAUUAGUACUCAGAACAAAUACUCGUCAAAAACGAAUCGAAAGAAGAAAAAGGAAAUUAUAGCACUAUGUCGUCAUUACAACGCUCUAAUUGAUGCAACAUGUUUGCUAAAGAGAAUAUUGUCCACAAACUUCAGUAUAAUAUAUGUGUACAGCGUCUUUCGGUUUUGCUUUAUUGGUAUUUUAAUAAGUACCAUACCUUCAUCCACAUUCUUGCAAGGGAUUUCAGUCACGUUUUAUGCAGUAGGUGCGGCAGUGCAAUUGUACGUUUUGUGUUCCUGUGUACAACAAUUAUUAAACGCAAGCACAGAGAUAACGGAUAAGGCGUUUCACGAAGAAUGGUACCUUGUUGAAAUAUCACUAAAACGUACGUUUAUGACGAUAAUUAUGGCUAAUAAUCUAGAAUGCAAACUUGCAAAAAUUGAAAAUUUUAAUCUUUCUCUGCCCUCAUACAUGACGAUUUUGAAUCAAUCCUACUCAAUCGCUCUUUUAUUCUUAAGAAUGAAGUAAAAAUUACAAAAGACAUUUUCAGAACACGUCUUAACUACAUGAUAAUUAUUCUUGUUACUAUACAAAUUAAAAAUAAGUAUUAGAAAACUUAAAAUCUAUUUAUAAUACUAAAAAUUUUUAUUUUAGUGGAAAUG